CCUGCCAUUCCAGUAACAAAGCCUUCCUCUCCCAGUAAAUUCGACAAGCCGCCACUUACUAUCAGGGAUUUCGGUAUUUCUCCGAGGCCCAAAAAUGGUUAUUGCGACAUCGAAACAACGUUCGAUGGUGAUGGUCCAUCAAGUGUGAGCUCAACGAACAAAAUCAAAUACACGGAACUCGAGAAAAAAGAGGAUGCCCACAAACCACCGCUUUCAACACCACUGAAAUACAUCUCAGUGGGGAGAAGCAAUGUAGAGGGACCUUCCAAACUUGCGCAACGGCCAGACCUCUCUAACGACGAACGCAUGCCAUCGCCUCCCCAAUAUAUUGAUCGCCCGACGACGACAAGAAACAACGACUCCUACGAUGUGUUGCCGCUUGCAAGAGGCGGAAUAGCUAUCAACACUUUUGGAGACCGCUCAAAUCAACGGUCCGUCCUUUUGCCUAGUUACCAAUAG